AUGUCGCGGCGGGUGCACGGUGAGGAGCUGGAUGAGCUGCACUGCCAGGACACAGAUUCAGAUGUGCCAGAGCAGAGAGACAGCAAGUGCAAGGUCAAAUGGACCCAGGAGGAGGACGAGCAGCUGAGGACCCUGGUGAAGCAGUUUGGACAGCAAGACUGGGAGUUCCUGGCCAGCCACUCUCCUAACCGCACCGACCAGCAGUGCCAGUACCGCUGGCUGAGGGUCUUGAAUCCAGACCUCGUCAAAGAGCCAUGGACCAAAGAGGAGGACCAGAAGGUCAUCGAGCUGGUCAAGAAGUACAGCACGAAGCAGUGGACGCUGAUCGCCAAGCACCUGAAAGGCUGGCCGGGCAAGCAGUGCCGUGAGCGCUGGCACAACCACCUCAACCCCGAGGUGAAGAAGUCCUGCUGGACGGAGGAGGAGGACUGCAUCAUCUGUGAGGCCCAGAAGGUGCUGGGCAACCGCUGGGCCGAGAUCGCCAAGAUGCUGCCGGGGAGGACGGACAAUGCUGUGAAGAAUCUCUGGAACUCUACUGUCAAGAGGAAGGUGGACACGGGAGGCUUCCUGAGUGAGUCCAGGGACAGCAAGCCCCCCCUGUACUUGCUGCUGGAGCUGGAGGACAAGGACGGCCGCCUGAGUGCCCCCUCCUCGGAAGGCCAGGGAAGUGCCGUGACCAGCUGGCCCCCGGCAUUCCCUGCCCUGAAGGAAGAAGAGAGCAGCGAGGAGGAGGUCGCGGCGGCCGCCCCCGCCCAGGAGCAGGAGCCCGUCCCCGCGGAGCUGGACGGAGUGCAGACCCCGGAGCCCCGGGGGGACUUCCCCAAGCGUGAAGACCAGGAAGGCUCCUCGCCGGAGACCAGCCUGCCGUACAAGUGGCUGGUGGAGGCUGCCAACCCCCUCAUCCCGGCUGUGGAGUCCGGCCUCUCGGAAGCCCUGGACUUGAUCGAGUCGGACCCCGAUGCGUGGUGUGACCUGAGGAAGUUUGACCUCCCCGAGGAGCCGUCGGCCGAGGGCAGUCUCGUGGGCAGCCCGGGGCAGCCCCAAGCCUGGCAGCAGCAGCAGCCCGCGCCGCCCCGGCCAGCCGCCGCCGCGGCACCCAGCGUGACCGAGCACCGCCUGGACGGCCACACCAUCUCCGACCUGAGCCGUGGCAGCCGGGGCGAGCUGAUCCCCAUCUCCCCCAGCACUGACGUGGGGGGCUCGGGCGUGGGCACGCCGCCCUCCGUGCUCAAGCGGCAGAAGAAGAGGCGUGUCGCCCUGUCCCCUGUCGUGGAGAACAGCGCCGGCCUGUCCUUCCUGGACUCCUGCAGCAGCCUCACCCCGAAGAGCACGCCCGUGGUGGUCACCACGCAGCUGCCCCGGGACAAGGCGCCGCUGCACCAGAAACACGCUGCAUCUGUUACCCCAGAUCAGAAGUGCUCCAUGGACAACACUCCCCACACACCGACCCCGUUCAAGAACGCCUUUGAGAAAUACGGACCACUAAAGCCCCUGCCCUAG